AUGUCCGGGCGCUUUGUUCGUUCCUCUAAAUACCGCCACGUCUUCGGGCGUUCGACGAGAAAGGAUCAAUGCUACGACAACCUUCGAGUCUCGCGCAAUGCUUGGGACACCAACCUGCUCAAGGUCAACCCCAAACACAUCGCGGUCAAUUGGGAAGCAGGCGGUGGUGGUGCAUUUGCCAUCAUUCCUCUUGAGGAACGGGGCAAGCUCCCAGAGCGCAUCCCCUUGUGUCGGGGUCACACUGCCGUGGUUUUGGACACCGACUGGAACCCUUUCAAUGAUGAUUUGAUCGCCUCUGGGUCUGAUGAUGGCAAGGUCUUGCUCUGGCGGGUUCCGGAGAACUUCACCGUUCGUCCCGAUGUCAACUCCGACGAUAUUCAGGACCUCGCGCCCGUUGGCAAAUUGAGCGGUCACCCCAAGAAGAUCGGCCACGUGCUCUUUAACCCCGCGGCAGAAAACGUGCUGGCAACGGCCUCGGGCGACUAUACAGUGAAGAUUUGGGAUAUUGAGGCGGGUAAGCCCAAGCUCACCCUGAACAUUGGUGACAUUGUCCAAUCGCAGUCAUGGAGUGCCAACGGCUCCUUGAUGGUGACCACCUCGCGCGACAAGAAGCUCCGCAUUUGGGAUGUCCGUCAGGAGCGUCCGGCCCACGAGACCAAUGGCCACACUGGUGCGAAGAACAGUCGUGCUAUCUGGCUGGGAGAGCGUGAUCGCAUUGCUACCACCGGUUUCUCCAAGAUGAGUGAUCGCCAGUUGGCUUUGUGGGAUAUCCGUGCCGUUCGGGAACCCAUCAACGGUUUCAAAACUCUGGACUCCAUCUCUGGAGUGUGCAUGCCCUUCUGGGACGACGGUACCAACUGCCUAUACUUGGCUGGACGUGGUGAUGGCAACAUCCGUUACUUCGAACUAGAGAAUGACAAGUUCGAGUUCCUCUCCGAGCACAAGUCUGCUGACCCGCAGCGUGGUGUUGCUUUCAUGCCUAAGCGCGGUGUGAACAUGCACGAGAACGAAGUUGCGCGCGCCUACAAGACCGUCAACGACCAGUACAUCGAGCCCGUUUCUUUCAUCGUUCCCCGCCGCUCCGAGAACUUCCAGGAUGACAUUUAUCCCCCAACCACCGGCGUUACCCCUGCAAUGUCCUGUUCCGAAUGGUUGGGCGGCAAGGAGGCAAUCCCUCCCAAGAUCUCUAUGGCUAGCUUGUUUGAUGGAGAAGGUAUCAAGGAGGUUUCUGGUGUGGAGGAGAAGCCCACUGGCUCUAUUGAGUCCCCUGCUGCCGAAUCACCCAAGCCCGUCGAGACAAUCAAGGCCACUGAGGCCCCUAAAGCCUCUGGGCCCAGUUCGCCCAAGAUCUCUAUCACCGAGCCUGCCCCCGAACCCACCCCCGUUGCGCGCCCAGCACCAUCCAUGAAGGAUCAGGGUGCGUCCAUGGCGUCCAUGGUGGACAGAUUUGCCGACGGCGAGGAGGAGGGCAAUGUCUCCGACGAUGACGACUCCAGCUUUGAAGAGGUUCCCAAACCAAUUGAGCGCCCUGUUCGUGCCGCCGCCGCAACUGAGCCUUCCUCCCCUCGGGUUAGCAGCCCGCUGAGGCCGAAGGUAACUGAGCCCGCUUCUCAACCCAGUAUCUCUUCCUCGGCCGCCCCAUCUCCCACUAGUGAGACCGGGUCGCCUUCUACCUCGGUUCCCAAGAACGACAUCGAAGAAAUCAAGAACUUGAUUGCUCAACAAACCAAGACGAUCGCAACCCAGGCUCAGCAAAUGCAGACGCUGACCGCCGAGAUCGAAGCAUUGAAGAGCAAGCUCAACUGA